AUGGCGGCCAGGGGAAGCGCAACAUGGGCGAGAGCUCUCAUGGUCUACCUGGUUCUUCUAUCAGCCAACGGCGACACAAAUUGGGGUCAAAAGAGUUCGCAGGUGGCAGGGGGGUUCAAGGAGAGCAUGGCGUCUGCUGCUGGCUCCUCCCUCGCUCCGGUGGGGGCGCGGGAAGCGGCGAUCAUGCAAGCGAGGGAGCAAGCGAGGGAGCAAGCUAGAAUGCAGGCCAAGGAGCAGAGCAUGAGCUCUGUCAGCAGGGAGAGCGCUGCUGCUAACAGACCUCAACACAUGCCUCCGAAUGUGAUCCCAACAGUCAAACCUGAAAGUCCUCCUCCUACAGCCGCGCAGCAGCCAGUCAGGGAAGGAGCUCCAAGGUCUCAAGGGUUCCUGUCUUCUCUCCUGUCCCCAGCUCAAGGGGUGCAGAACGUAGGAGGAGGCAACGUGAAGGUUGCGACCUGGUGGUUGAUGCUGCUGCAGCCUCGGGGUAGGGAGUGUGUCGCUCCCGGGGAGAAUAUCGAGUGCUCCGGCAAGGGAUUUUGUCUUGACGGAGACAAGGGAUGUAAAUGCAAGAAUGGAUUUGUGGGCAAGUUUUGUGAGAUACAAUGUCCUGGAGGAGGAAACUGCAAUGAUCGGGGAGUCUGCUUGGAGGACGGCAAGUGUUUGUGCCAGAAGGGAUUUUCAGGGGAAGCUUGCGAGUUGAGGCAGAUGGUUGGAGAUUUCGGUGAAAGUCAUUCAUCGUCGCGCUCAAGGAGGAGGGAGUCGGGAGGUCCCUGUGGAGAGAACAACGAGUGCUCUGGCCAUGGGCGAUGCUUGUCAGGAGAGGCUGGAGAGACUUGCAAGUGUGAGCCAGGGUGGUCUGGCCAAGCAUGCAGCACCCCUUGUCCUGGCCUGAAUAAGGAAGGGAUGUUCUGCUCUGGGUUCGGCUCCUGCACGCGGGAUGGAAAGUGUCGAUGCGAUGCAGGGUACUGGGGAGAGAUGUGCGAGAAGGGCAUGUGCGGGCUCAAGGGAACCUGCAAGUGCGAGGAAGGAUGGACGGGGCUGGAGUGUAAGGAGCAAGUGGGAAAGAGGUGA